AUGUUCUAUAGUCCAACAUACUUUUGGGCACUCUUCUUUGCCAGCUCGUUCGUAGCAGCAGCACCAACGUCGGCUAUCUCUUCAGAUGUACUGACUGCAACCUCUCUACCAAUCACCACGGAGACUAUUGACUCGACAAUCACAAUGCGGGACUCCGAUGAUACUGACGAUUUAUCGUCGACGAAAAAUUCGUCGUCAACUGAGGCCGGACAAAGCUGCACAACACAUUAUAAAGUUGUCCUUGGCACUUUCAGCAUUUAUGGUGUUAAUUGGGAUAUGUCAAAGCUCGGAGAAGAUGGAGCUGGCCUGAAAAAACAUAUAAAGAAAUGCAGCACAUUGAAAGAAUGGAAGUUCAAGACCGAGGAUGUGGAAGCACCUUGGUCCUUUCAUGCCACUGGAAAAACAAUAAUUGGUGUACAAGCUUGUAUCGGACGUGCCGUGAAGGCGGCUGGUGGACCCCGCGAUUCAUACGGGGGUACAACUUAG